AGGUAGUUUUUGAGUCCAUUCAUUCUCUCUUUUUGCCUGCCCGCUUCGUUCUCUCCUUCUCACAUCGACGCCGCGGUCAAUUGGGCAAAGAACAUACUUUCAGUGUCUCUGGCUUCGUCACACCAACUAUCGCCCCUCGUUCUAAAGCUCGGGAACAAAGCCGCCUCCUCGUCACGCGGUAGGUGCUUCACAAUCACAUUUGCAUCCCCGCCGUAACAAUGGCGAUCGACAUUGGUCCAGUUCUCGUGGAGAAGCCCGUGGUGGUGCCCAUUACCGUCAAGAUCACAGCACCAGUUGCUCUUCCGGUGGCUCCAGUGCCUCCGCCAAAGCUUGGGGACGAAACUCAUCUGGUCAUCUCGCCAUAUACCGACCAUGCUCAUCUGCUUGAUCUCAGCACAGUCGGCAUCCAAGAACAACUUUUGGCGUUCGCAUUGAUUAAAAUGAAGUCCCUGAGGGAAGACUACGCAACUGCUCCAUAUAUCGAAACCUUCAACUGGGCCGAAGUUGUCGAGGACCUCCGUGAGCGUGCCAAAGCGAUUGGGCAUUCGUGGACCGAGCAAGCCUUCUAUAUCGUUGCAUUCAGGUCCCAAGUUCCGCCAACAACCGACUAUUCAAACCUCGACGCUCUCGACAAGGCGGCCCACAUUGAGGCGAUCCAGAGUGGUGGUUUCUUGAAGUACUGGUUUGGAUCUCCCGACGUAACUGGGAGAAACCUCGCGACUUGCGUUUGGAGAACGCAGGAGGACGCCGUUCUUGGUGGAAUUGGGCCAGCUCACCGCCGCGCCGCGGGUGCUGCAAGGCACAGCUACACCGAGUGGCACAUUGAGCGCCUCUCGCUUGUCAUCAAGGACAACAUUGACAGCUGGGCUAUUGAAAAAUGGGUAGCAGCCAAAUGAAGACAGCAAGCUACACCAACGAUUUGACGCCGCGAAGGAAAAGUUAAUGAAGGGGAAGAAAGUUAUGAUGAGACGACAAAACAUGAGAUAGACUUGUACCCGUUGCGAUACAUAUUGGUUUCUUCAUUGCUUUCAACCUAGAUUGGUUUGGGAGGUUUUGUGCUUUUUGCUUUCAAGCGAGCUCAUCAUAGCGGGCGUUACAAUCGACUUCCAUCGUAUAAGGCUCUGCCAAUAGGCGCCGUUACUGGCCUGGAAUGAUAAUAUUUUGAAAAUAUUUUGAACUGAAAACGUGCAAACCUAAUCAAUCACCUUAGAAGAACAUAUUUCAGGGUUGUGAGAACGUGACUUACCUAUAGUUGGGAGACAUGAGAGAGCGGGAAAUCUGUGGUGAUGGUGCUAAAUGUACUAGCGCGAUUUUGACGCCAAGACUUUGCGUUUGCGAUCCCACAAACGAGAAACGACGUCCAAAAAGUGUC